AUGCCUGAUCCGUCACACUUGCCUGCCGAGCUCUUUGACGCCAUCUUGCGCUACGUCGGCUGCGGGGACAAGUUUAGAAAUGAUGCCUUGGACCGCGAAGUUGCGCGCCUUCAACAGCUCUACCAUUGUUGUCUAGUCGAUCGGACGUGGCACAAGAUUGUGCUUCCUCGACUUUAUACUCAAUUCGUGUAUCGAGGCCAACGAGGCCCCUCACCUCGCUUGCUGAGUUUUCUUGGCUCGGUGUUGACAAUUCCAGAAUGGGCCAAAUCUUUACAACGCCUGAUCUUGGCUUUCGAAAGAAUAGAAGAUUCGAAGAUGCCUUCUCGUGCAACAGGACCUGCCUCGCAAGACGACUUAGCUCGUUUGCUCGCGGCUCUGCAUAAUAAUUCCCCUUUAACGAAAACAAGCACAAGCUUUCAGCACUGCCGCGAAGAUGCUCGUAUACCACUAAUGCCAUUGAUCUUGACGGGGCCGCAGCAGACGUCACCUCUGGCAGAACCACUUCUAGACAUGAGUCAUGCAUUGCAGGCCGGCUUUUGCCGAGCUUUGACACUCAGUAGGGAGCAGCAGCCUCGACUGAUAUUUCAGAACUUGAAAGAGGUCAUGAUCACCACAGACGAGAGGGGUUAUAAUCAAUAUAUCCAUUUCACCGAUGUCUUCCCCAUAUUUCAACUGCCAAAUAUCAAGAAAAUUUCGAUCCAAUGUCUCUAUACUGUCAACAUGUCUGGGAAUGCUGAUAUUUUGGCAGCUGCGGGAACGUCACCAGUGAAGGAGCUGACAAUUGCCCAUUCUAAUGACUGUAUACUCACUAAAGCAGCUGCUGGAGCACUGCUCAACAUUCCUCAAGCUCUAAGCGCGUUAUCAUUAUAUUACAAUGACAAUUCGCGAGGAAUCUGGUUAGAUGGACCGGACAGCCCCACUGCAUUUGAACUUUUAGAAUUCUUACUGCAACAUAAAAACACUCUCUCGUAUUUGGACCUUUACUCUCACGGCGUGAUGAGUACCUCACCUCAACAUUAUGAGGAAUUGCUUCACAGGCAACAUCCGCUAGCGGCUUUGAGCGCGCUGAGAACGCUUUCGAUUCAGUCAUCAGUUAUGUCUGCUCGCUACUACAGAACGGGCGAGCAUCGUUUAAGGAUACAACGGGGAUUCAAUUUGAUCGACUGUCUUCCCGCGAGUCUAGAAAACUUGACGCUGUAUUCUAACCUCGAACCUGACAACAAUCUUGUGGCAAUAGAACGGGAAUUAGCAGAAGUCGUGCACAGCGGAACCUUUCCUCAGCUCAAACAGAUAAGCUUAGAAGACAGUCUAUGUCUAAAAGAUUACAGAAUUCUCCAGUUCCCAUGUCGCAAAAUUCAAGGCUUUUGUAACGAAACAGGCAUCAGGCUUCGUAAGAUAAGACGUGGUAUCCUUCCUUAUGGUGGUCUUCAUGAGAGCCUCGACGACCAGGAAAUAGGCUACGAGGCACAUGAUAUAGAAGAAGAAGGGUUUUUAAUAACGGAUGAAGGUCAGAGCGUGCCAAAUCCGUGGCUGUGA